UUCCGUGCUUCGCAAGGCACGCUAAGUCGUUGGUCCCGGCUGCAUUUGUAGUCGUUAAUAGCUUCCAAUCUACAUUUGGCUAGCGUGAAGAGGCAUGGCCCAUCCUCUUUAACCAUCUAUAAAGGAGGCCAUAACCUCUGCAGUGGGGACAUAAUAGAGCUGAUGAUGAUCUUAUGAAAGUUGGUUAACGACCGUACCGUAGACCGAGCGCGCUAGCUCCUGCGCCAUCGAGCUCCUCGUUUCAUAAUUCAUUCGAUUCAUCUAAUUCUUUAGAACAUGAACGAGGGUGCCGGUUGUGACGCUCACGGUAGAUCAGGUCUACUCACCACCUAUAUACAGUACCAGGCGUCGAUACCGAGACCAUCCCUCACAGAUACAGACAUCGGCUUGCCGCUACCCCCCUCCGUGUUAACGGACAGUACUUGCAAGAUUCUACACGAAGAGUUGGCGCUCCAAUGGGUUGUAGCCAGCGGCGCCACGAGAGACCUCGCUAUGCAAAACUCAUGGGCUCUAUUCGAGUUGAUGGUGAAGUCUAUGGUGGAGUACCUGUACUGGAGCGGCGCGCACGAGGCACCGCGCAAGGCUCGCUUCCCCGACCAGUUCACCGACGAUCUCACCACGCUAGUCAACAACGUCACAUCCGAGAUCAUCUCUGGGUCGGUGACAUUCAAAUAAAUAUUAAAAUAUUACGUUCGGCUUAAUUAUCAAUAUUUCAGAAUACUGUUUCGAAUGAUUUAGAAAAUAU